AUGCUGAGGGCAUUUCAUCGUCAAGCCCAUCAAGAAGCUCAUGAAACCCUCGACCAAUUCCAUACAAGAUUACGGACCUUAGCGCAAACGUGUUCGUUUAACGACGUGGACUUUGAGAUCGAGCAACAGAUAAUCACAGCAGGGUUGUCCUCUCGAAUUCGCAAAAAAGCUUUACGAGACCCAACGUAUGAUCUAAAGUCAAUCCUUCUCGAUGGUCGACGUGAUGGGCUCGGCGCGUAUCAAGCUCGCGACAUCAAAUCGAAAGACGCAAAUUUCGAAGGAGCAAAUCAAAUUUCACGGUAAACAAUGUCGCAAGUGUCAAAAACCUAAUCAUUUCGUUCGCGUUUGCCGAGGACAAUUACAACGUCAAAAUCAACCGGGUCGGUCGACGAAACAUCAACACACGCGGGAGCGAGCACCUAUAAACCCAAUCAGUAAAGUUGACAGCGAUACGGACAGUUCGGACAAUAAUGACUAUUUAUAUCAAGUUUCCAACGAUAAGGCUCCGAAGGUCAAUGUGAAACUGUGCCAACAUUCCUUCAAAGCAACCGUGGAUACUGGUGCCUGUAUUAAUGUUGUCGACCCAAUCUCGAAACCAGAGCCCGCAAUCCUCUGUGGAGGCUUGCUGAGGCUCUGGGAAACACCGGUGAAAGUCGGGCUCUUAUUGGUUGUUUUUCAACAUCCUCGUCCUCAGGCCCAAGCGGCCCUCAAAAGUUUUUCAAGUGCUAAUUAUUAUUCAAACUUUGAGCCGUAUUUAGUUAUUCGGAUUUCAAACAUCGUUUAAUAUUAAUAUAAAGCUAGUUUAUUUCUUUUGUGCAUUAUGUUUAAACAUAUCAAUGAAACACACAGCAUAACUUUAAUAAACUUAUUAAUCUUCCUUAGCUUCUUAUAUGAUAUCAAUAGACUAUUCAGAUAUUGAUAUGCCAAUAACAAAAUGUAGAAUAACAGUGCAGCAUUAUCAUAUAAGGCCAUGAUACUGUAAGCCGUUGCCUGUAAUAUUUAAAAUAACACAACAAUCCAUGAUUUACCGUAAUUAAACAAGUUAAAAUAAAUCACUACCAGUAUCUUACAACAAUUCAAAACCAUGGCAAGUAUUCUUUGAAGAAUUAAAGUCGUAAUAUAUGAGCUUAAACAACGGCAUAAUUCAUGUUUGACGGCAGUAAUGUCUAUUUAUAAAUGUUGAGUGGAGCACUGGAUUCAAGUGUACUGAUUUUCGUGCAAAAGUCGCCGGUAUUUCCCAGAGCCUCAGCAAGCCUCCACAGAGGAUUGCGGGCUCUGGUUUCGAGAUUGUUAUCGACCGGGCUACGUACUCGGAAAUGAAAGGCAUUAAACUGGAGCAAACAAACGUUAAAGCUUUGCGUACAAUUCAAUUUGCGAGACAAUCGAGACUCGUAAACGCGUUACCGUGGCAACGUUUUACGUCACAAAGACGUCCAACAGCGGAAAUUUGAUAUCUGCAACUACUGCGCAAGAGUUAGGACUUGUCAGUCUACCAGCAUCUAGCAGUCGUAAGCAACAAACAAUGACUGAAGAACAUGUAAACUUUGUCGCUCGUAAUAGCGUACCUAAAGCUAUGACUUUAGUGGAAGUUGAAGCUGCAACCAAUCAGGACGAAACCCUGAAAGGUGUCAGAGCAGCAAUCAAAUUAAAUAAAUGGUGCUAUGAUAUAGUAGAGCCAUUUAAAGCAAUUAAAGAAGAGCUUACUGUCACAUCCAAAGGAGUUGUCCUUCGCGGAUCGCGGAUAGUAAUGCCAAAAUCUCUACAGCAACGAGCCAUUGAUAUUGCACACGAGACACAUCUUGGUCUCACGAAAACAAAAGCGUUGCUGAGAGAAAAUAUAUGGUUCGCAAACAUCGAUCAACAAGUGAAGAAAACCUUAGAUGGAUGUAUACCCUGCCAAGCCGUGGCAUAUACCAUACUGACCGCAAGGAAAUGCGGAAACCGAGCGGUUUAUGCAACCUCUGGAAAAGGCACUGAAAACUGAACAAAUUCAAGGACGCCCUUGGCAGCAAGAGCUUAAUAGGUUUUUGUUACAGUACCGAACUGCCCCACAUUCAACAACUGGUGUCCCACCUUCAGAGUUACUGUUCAAUCGUACAGUUAAAGGGAAAUUACCUAUCUUGAACAAACAAUAUGCUGACAACAGAAGCAAUGCAAAACAUAGAAACAUUAAGGUUGGUGAAGUGUACUAGUACGACAAAAACGAAGUAACAAACUUUCAACAAACUUCAACAGUACACCUUAUACUGUAAUUAUAAAAAACAACUCCAGAAUUACAGUACGCGACAGCAACGGACAUACUAUUACUAGAAAUGUAUCACAUUUCAAACGCAUUCCAAAUCAACAGAACGUUGAAACUUGACAUGGAUGACGAAAACAACAACAACAACGACGACAGCCAGCCAGACAGACACGAGAAAGAACCAACAACGAAGUUCGCAGAUCGAGUCGUGAAAGGAAAAUGCCAGAACGUAAUGGACAUGCUAUCACCUGGACUUUGCAUGCUUGAACUUCAAAAAGGGGAAGUGAUGUAGUAAUUAGACAUUUAGUGAAAUGACACUGGACUGUUAAACACCAUAUAAGGAAUAUAGACAUUUUAGAUAUUAGAGACAUAGAACACAGACACUAUAGAGAUAGAGAUACUUAGCACUUAGUCUGGGAAGCAACAUUGUAACAUUUUUAUAGAUCAAUAAAGUUAGAGAUAUAAUAACAAAAGGUUUUGUUUUUUCACAGUCAAACCUUACAACACAAAGAUUACGAUUACACCAGACGAAACUGAAGUUGGUAAAUCAGUUAUCAUAACGUGUCACUCUGAAGGUCGUCCUGAACCAAGAUAUAACAUAACCCAUAAUCGUAUCGUGCUCAGUACUGGGAAGCCCUAUCACAUAUUUAAAGCGAAGGUGAGUGAUGCUGGAACAUAUGAAUGCAUUACAUGGAAUGAACUUGGACUGAAUGAUUCAGCUUUCGCUUAUUUAACCGUUGAAGGUAAGAUUAGAUUUUUAGACACAUUUUCUUUGUCCUGCAUGCAUUCUAUCUGACCAGGCGGCAACAUAUGUAAGGAACACGGAAAGCAAAUACUAGUAGAAUAUAGAAUGUAUAAUGAUUUAUGCAUGCCCCCGAGUCUCGGUUAGGUCAUCUGCAAUAAACCUUCAACACUGACAUUGUGUUCUGUUGGACGCCAAAAUUCAGAAAAUGUCUUCUAUGUAAUUGUUUUAAAUGCUCAUGCUACUUAAGAUUCAAAAUUAAACAUUUGAACUGUGCAGAAAUAUUGAAACGUUCACCUUUUGUUUAAACUUUAAGCGCGCAAAGCUUAUCAUGGGGCACCAGUUUCAAGUUUAGUAUAAUUGAAUAUAGCUUCUAUUUGUGAAUGAAAUAUUUACCAUGCCUACUGUAUAGUGACGCCAUGUGCAUGCAAGCAAAGAAUAGGGAUGUCCAUUUUUUUAGUCCAAUUACACAGGGAUUUUUGGCCGUGUAUCAUUGAACAUGUUUUUCUAAACUUGUCAGCCACGUUAUUCACCUUUUACGCUGGUCUGUACUUUAGGAAAUAUUGGCAAACUUAAACAAUGAUGCUAUAAAAGGUCUUUAUCUAUCACGGGAACGCCACCAAGAGACAAUCUCCAUGUUGUCCAAAAACACGUUCAGUUUCUUUCCACCUGCAUGCAUGUCUCCGUUUACAACGCGAGUUUACAUAGUUUAUGCCGUUGCGACUGUAAAAGUAUAAUUGUGAAAUUUACAACUCUCAUCACGUUCUGUAUACUGGAUGAAAGUAAGUAAUUUGUUAAUAUUUUCCCUCGUGAUCAUCCCUAAACUUCGGAAACCACAGAAAAAUAUGUUUUCAGUGCGAAGCCUGUGAAUGUAAUUACUAAUAAUUAUUCGCAAAAAAGUAACUAGUUGGCUAUUUCCAUUUUGACAAAGUGGUUUUGUUUUUUCACAGUUAAACCUAACACAAAGAUUACGUUUGAACCAGAAAGUGCUGUAAUUGGUAGCCCAUGCAUCAUAACGUGUGACUCUAGUGGUUUUCCUGCACCAAAUCAUACCAUAACCCAUAAUGGUACCGAGGUCACCACCAACAAGACAUAUACCAUAGAUGUUGUGAAGUGGAGUGAUGCUGGAAUAUAUAAAUGCGUCGCAAAGAAUGUACUUGGAAAUUAUUCUGCUUCCGCUAAUUUAACCGUCACAGGUAAGAUUAGAUUUUUGGCCGUAUUUUUUUCGCCCAUUGUAUCAUCGAGGAAAAUUAUAUAUUUAAGUACUAUUUAUAUAAUUAAAACACGAGAAGGAGUGUAUCAGAUAUAAAACAAGAGGGGCAGCCGAGCGUUUGUUAUGUUACGCCCUGGUUUUAUAUAUCUAGUGCGCAGCGCAAUUGGCUUUAGACCUAAUAAAACACGACCUGCUAGUUUAUUAAACGGUUUCAAACACGACUACAAAUUCAAUAGAUAUACUGCCUUAUUAGUAUUCUUUAUAUAAAGAAUACUAAUUAGGAGCGUUUUUUCAGGUUUAAAACCACUGCGCCUGACAUGUUAUGGUUCAUGGUUGACAUGACUGCCAAUAAAUUUAUUUAAACAUUUGCAACAAAAGACAAGUUGACAGGAGACAAGCAAUAGGACACGUGUCCCUUAAAAACUCAUUAAUAAUUCGUGAGGAAAAGACAAAGGAAAUCACUGCCGUGUCGGCGAUUUUAUAUGUGAUAAAAAAUAAUGUUCAUUUACAUAAACUUUAGCUUUGAUUUUCUCGGCUUAGACAUGCAAUGUUUAUUUUAAAAAUUAUACUUCGCAAAUGAACUCAUCCGAUGGGAGUGUUUAAACUCUAAACUUGGAAAGCAUAAUGGGAGUUAUUUAAUCAGUCUAAAUCAUGUAUGGGGAACAUAUUCAUCACCAUUACGAUACUGAAUCCAUUUCUUGGCAAUAUGGUCCAGUAAAUAUCAUCUUACGAGAACAAUUAAUUAAAAAAUAGCUGCAAUAUUCAACUACUACUUGAAACUUGUGUUCCGAUUAAGCUUUGCGCGCUUAGAGUUUGAGGUUAAAGUUUAAGAUUUGCAAAGGACAACCCUUUUUGAAAUGGCUAUAUAUACAUACCUCAAAUUCAAAUUAUCCAAUCAAAAAACAGCAUUUGUACCACGUGACAAUGUGAUUUAUUACGGUAUUUCACUCUACCGCACAGCCGACAUCUUUAUAAACAUUACCUACAGUAUCUGAUCUCAUUUCGCAUCGGAAAUGGGUCACAACGAUCCAGGACUGCAUUUACAGUAUCGCAUGACUCAUUACAUAAUAUAUAUAUACGGUUGGCGAAAUGGCGAUUGUCAGAGCUUCGACAAAGGCUUCAAAGUGUUCCCGAGGGUUUCAUUCUGCUCGUCUUCUGGUUCGUCGUCAAUCGUCAUCGGCUGCCUCACUUUCUUUAUCGCUUCCGUCCUGUUCAAAGCCAGUCGCCGGAGCAAACAGCGUUAAUAUUUGCUUCCAACAUUUGCCAACGUUGUUGCUUGUCAAAUUGGGCAAUCGCUGAUGUUGGUCAGGAAACGGACCACGGAAACAAAAUUACGAAUACGAAUCAAGGUCAAUCAAAUCCACAAUUUAGUCAUUUUGACGUGCAUAGAAACGCAGUGCACGUAGCCAAGUACAAUUACCUUUUCAAGAAAAUUCCGGUGUAUUGUAAUAAUUUUAUUUCUGAUUUGUAAAAUAGAGCCACCAUCACCCACAACAAGACCACCAACAGAACCAUUAUCAACAAGCAAAGAGUCCGACACCACCACUAGUCCAGGUACUGGAAAAUCUAUUUUCAAUUUUCUUUUUACACGUGAAGCAGCCAAAUUACAACCGUUUAGUUUUCUUUCUCCUGGAAAGUACUUUGAAACGAAUACAAUUUCGAACACAAGCAUCAAUUUCUAAUAUAUUGUAAAAUGUAAAUCCUUUUGCAAACGUUGUUAAAAAUUAUACUGUUUAGUUAUACGCUACAUAUCAAACCAUUUUUCAGAGUUGUUGAUGUGUGAUCUUUUUCAUCAUUUUAUGAAAAAAUUUCACAAAUAAAAUAUUUAGGGGGGGUAGUCGUUCAAUACCAUUAUAACAGUCAAACUUGGAAGUGGUGGAAGGUAUAACACGAAACAAAUAAAAAAAAAAAAAUACAUAUUACGCUUCAAUCUGACUUCCCUCAUACUUUUAUAGAGCAUUAAAAUGGAGAAAUUACCUUCUUCGCAGCCCCUGACCUACUAUAUAUAUUGUUGUGUCUUUUUCGUAUAUCUAGACAUAUCAUCUUCAAAUGAUGCGAGUAGUGGAAUCGAAUGGUACAUCAUUGCGGUAAUACUGGUGUCUGGAAUUAUUAUUGUAAUUCUUCUUUCUUACAUUGUCUGGUGUUCUCGUCGUCGUUGGGUGAGAAACAGAAAACCUGAACAAAACCCUGAAGCACAAACGACUGAAGCUGAUACAACCUACCAAGCACUAGAUCUUACAAAAAUGAAUACAGAAGAUGAUUAUCAAUCAUUGAGAAACACAAAACCUCAAUCAAAUCCUGAACUACAACGAACUGAAGUUGACACAACUUACCAAGCGCUUGAUCUUUCAAAAAUGAACACAGAAGACAAUUAUCAAUCGUUGAGAAACAGAGGACCUGAAUUAAACCCCGAAACAAAGACAACUGAAGCUGAUACAACUUAUCAAGAGCUUGAUCUUUCAAAAAUGAAUACAGAAGAUAAUUAUCAAUCAUUGAGAGUGAAUGCUGCAAGUAAUGAAGCUGUAGAUGACGACGAGUCUACAUAUACUGAGUUGAGCAAAACCAGGGAUGAGGAGAACAAAUACCAAUCUUUAAAAUAA